UACCAGCAAGCGCCUGCUGAAAACAUUCUAAAUUCCGACUCCCGAUGGGAACUGUAACGCACCAUAAGUACGAUGGUCGUAGCGACGGUGUCUGUGAGAAGACUAAAGAUGCAGAUAAAUCAGAUUGUUGACUUUCCCCCGACAUUUUGGGUGAUCAUUCUUCUGUCUCACAUGUUUAAUAUUGUUAGAAUAUUUAAAUACUUCAUGUAAGAGAUGUUUUAGUUUAGUUAUUUAUCGUGAAAGGAGCCUUUUUGCAUCAAAUGCAGUCAAGUCAACUACUUGUUGACAGAAGGCUCGUAAGCGCUAAAUAUGAAAACUGCUAUGAUGCUAGCUGCUGAUUUGUUUCAACCUUGUCAAGUUGUUUUCCGCGUUGUUUAAAAAUGAUUUCAUUUCAAUUAUUGAGGGGCGUUUGUGGUCAUACUAUGCUAAAGAAAAGGGAAGCAAAGGUGACGAUAACAACGUCUUAAAUCUCCAUUUAUGUUGAAGUUGCACUUUAUUAUAUCCUGCUAGUUUCCACUCAGGAGCUCUUGGCCUCAAAUAAAUAUGGUUUACAGGUGAAGUUUCAAGGUAAGUGAUCAUAUGAGCACAACCUUUCUGUUGUCUGAAAGCAUCCUUGAUCAUUUGAGAGGAAGAUUCCUGACUGUUGAUUUACACUGGCCCCUCCUCAGACAUGUCCACGGAUGCAGACGCUGAAAGCAGAUCUACUGCUUGGCAGAGUUCAUGUCAAAGGUUAAUGAGGGAGUCCUGAGAGACUGCCCUGGUGAACUCAUCUGUCACAGCCAGCGCUCAGGGAAAUGAAGUGGUUAAUGAAAUGAAAAGAGGAGGGGAAGGGACGUGUGAUUGUUGUUUAACAGUCAGUGGGUUUGUGCCACUGAGUGUGGACCACUGGAUGAGCCAAAAAAGCAAAAUAAGUUGAGGGAAAGUGUUGCUGCUUAUCCUCUGCAGAUCAAAACCUUUAUGGUCUUCAUCAUCUUUUGCUUCAUUGACAUCUUAUCAUUAUCUGUAAUCGUAUAAAAGGAUUCACCAGGGUUCACAACGUUUACAUGCAGAAUGCCCUUUGACCACGUUUUAUACUGCUGUUGUAAAGAUGAGGGGGGGGAAGUGGCUGUUUUCAACAUGGAGGUUACCAGAUGGCAACAAACAACUCUCACUCUUUUGAGUCUCAUAAGCGUUAGCUGUGGACGACACUUUGAACCUGGUGCAGGUGCAGCGCUAAAGGUCGACCAGGCUCUGAUCAUUUUUAAUAACCAGCUGCCCAAAGAUGUUGAGGUCUUCUUCACCUCCGACUAUUGCUACAAGUGUGUGUACCAGUCGCUAUUGAGUGUGAAAAGCAACAACAAUGGAUCUCAAGUGAUCAGCACCAAGUUUCUCUUGUCGAUGCGAGUGGGUUUAACCAAAGGCAAUGCAACUAUCUGCAGGUGGAGUCAAACAUAUGAAGAAGGUGGACAUUACUCCGUCAGGAUCCAGAUGUCUGCCAGCAACAACAGCUGUGUUCACACUGUCCAAAAGACCCCCAACAACAUUUACCUGCCGAUCCUGGUGGCUGCUCUCACCCUGGCCAUCGUCGCGUUGGUGUUUGUUCUAGUGCCAUACAUUUACAGAAGACACUGCACGUCUAAAUUACUACGGAGCGUGUGCUGCCAAGACCGCAGCUACUCGAUGGAUAAUCAAAGUUCUGAAGGGGAAGAAAAUAAAGUGAAGCGAACGCGCCUGAACUCGCUGGACACUUUCAGAGGGUUGGCUCUCACGGUGAUGGUGUUCGUGAACUAUGGAGGAGGAGGCUACUGGUUCUUUCAGCAUGCGCCGUGGAACGGUUUGACUGUGGCGGAUCUGGUCAUGCCAUGGUUUGUGUUCAUCAUUGGCACUUCGGUUGUGUUGGCGUUCAGCUCCAUGCAGAGAAGAGGAGUCGGGCGUCUGCAACUGCUGAGAAAAAUCACAUGGAGAACAGUGGUUUUAAUGCUGCUGGGCUUCUGCUUCCUCAACUACUCACCCAGAGACGGCCUGUUGUCCUGGUCCUGGCUGAGGAUCCCUGGAGUGCUGCAGCGUCUCGCCUUCACCUACUUUGUUUUGUCUCUGCUGCAGACUUUCUGGGGCCAGAAAGAAAUCCCGCUAAAAGCAUAUCACUGUUGGAACCCGGUCCAGGAUGUAGUCCUGUACUGGCCCCAGUGGCUGGUCAUCAUCAUCCUGGAGACUCUCUGGCUGUGCCUCACCUUCCUCAUGCCUGUACCCAACUGCCCCACAGGGUAUUUAGGUGCAGGUGGAAUUGGUGAUGAUGGUCUGUACCCAAACUGCACUGGGGGAGCUGCAGGAUUCAUCGAUAAGUGGAUGUUUGGAGACAACAUGUUUCGAUACCCCACAUGCAGAGAACUGUACCAGACAACACAACCUUUCGACCCGGAGGGCAUUCUGGGUACAAUCAACUCUAUUGUCAUGGGUUACCUGGGGAUGCAGGCUGGGAAAAUCAUCCUUUGCUACAGGAAGAAGAACACUGAUGUGCUCUGGAGAUUCCUCCUGUGGGCUGCCAUCCUUGGAAUCUCCGCAGCCAUCCUUUCUAAGUGCACGCGAGACGGAGGAUUUAUACCUGUCAAUAAAAACCUUUGGUCCUUGUCCUAUGUGACUUGUAUGGGCUGCCUGUCCUUCCUGUUGCUGGGAGUCACGUACUUCGUCAUUGACAUCAAGGGGUGGUGGGGUGGACAGCCCUUCAUAUAUCCAGGGAUGAACUCCAUCUUGGUGUACGUGGGUCACUCUCUGCUGGGUUUCUACUUCCCCUUCAGCUGGGAGAUGCGCUUCCAGGACAGUCACUGGGAAUGGCUCUUCCAAAGCCUGUGGGGGACCUCGCUGUGGGUGCUGGCUUCCUUCCUGCUCUAUCGGAAGAAAUUCUUCCUCAAAAUAUGAGCGUGGCCUGGACGUUUCAAGGCUUUUGACGGAAGACAACGUGAUUCUCAGAGACAAGUGCCAUUUGCUUUUGUGUAUAUUUGACAAUCUUUGUUCUGUUUGAUGCAAUAGCGAAGGGAAGUUAUAAACAAGUUGUGUUGGAUUAUCAUGCCAGCAUUUACUUUUUAGAUAAAAUGUUCCACCCAAAGUUGAAAAAAAAAAAGGGUUUGAUAAUUUGAUGCGCUGAGUUGGCACUUAGCGAAUUAGCUUGAGUAAUGCCACUACACAACAGGGCAGCCAUUAUGACUCGGUUGCCAUGACCACUCCUUUGCGUGUGUGUGUGUGUCCCAUCUGUCGCGCUGUCCGAGUGACAGUACUUUAAUAGGGGUCAAGAUGCUGGGCUCUCACAAAGGAGUGUCGUUAAUGGGGCUGACACCUCCGGCACUUGUUCUUGCUGGAGAAUCCAGGAAAUUACACAAAUCCAAUUCAUCACAGCGACACCAGGUUUCACAAGGUUCUUCUUCAACACUCAGACAUUAACAUGCAUUAUCAUGGCGUCCUAUCACGGUGAGCUGCGGAGGAAUCGCUGACCAUGUGGCCGUGUGAUUUAUAUGUGGGGAUCAUCAGGUCUGAAGGUGUGCGGGUGUCAUGAAACCACCAUCUACUUAAUGAAACACACACAUCUGUUUCUUUGUUUGUGUGGUUCCCCUGCAGGUUAACACUCACUGGCUUCAUUUCCACUUGAAUCAGUUGUGCAUCACUUUAUCACCGCUACACCACACGUCUGGUUCAAUAAGGUCGGACUGCAACUUCUCUCCUUUCCAUCUGCAGUUGGUGGGACUUUCUCAAGGAGGGUGAACCCGUGUUCAAAGUUUUGUUCAACAAGCAUUUUGUUUUCACACUUGAAUCUGCUAUAAAAUCUUAAUACAAUCAAAGAACAGUUUGGACGCCGCAUGAGUUUCUGCUGCUAUGAACUUCUGACCCUGAGGCUUCCAUCAAGCACUUCUGCUGCUGCAGUUUCA